CGUGCCGAGCCGGGCCGGGCGGGCGGGGCAUGGCGGCGGCGGGGCCGUGGUGCCCGGUGGGCGGGCGGCGGCGGGGCCGGGCGGGCCGGGGCGCGGAGGAGGGCAGCGCGGUGCUGCGGAGGCUGCGGGAGGCCCGGGACGAUCUGCUGAGCUCCGGUUUCUGGGCGGCGAGCGCCGGAGCCGUGCGGGCCCCCCUGGCCGCCAGCACCGAGCCCCCCGCCCGCUGCGUCUGCUACGGGCUGGGCCGGUUCAGCGGCUGCCCCAGCGCCCGGUACCAACUGGCCUUUCUGCUGCUGCUGCUGGAGGAGCUGGGGCUGCCCCCCGAGCAGUGCUGGUUGUUCGACCCCGCGUUCUCGGAGCAGGAGGUGGCUGUGCUGGGGCAGCUGGGGCUGAGGCUGCUCCCGGACAACGAGGAAGGAAAACACGACGUUGAGGGAUCAUCCACCCUGUUUUACAUGGUGCACUGUGGGAAGGCCUUGUACAACAACCUGCUGUGGAAGAACUGGGCCACGGGGUCCUUGUCCAAAAUGGUCAUCGUUGGGAACAGCUUUAAAGGAAUCGAGGAAAGGUUCUGGUGCCUCCAUCUGGGUUUUCCUCUCCUUGCUUCCUUUACUCCAUUUUCCCCCCUGUUGUUUCUGAGAAUGAUUUCCAGAUUUUGCUCCUUUUCAGCUUGCAGUCAUCAAGCAUCUCCUGCCUUUUCUGUCCCCCAUCCCUGUUCAGAAAAGUUGUCUUCAUUUCUCAGGAGUGUCGUGUCUGAUGCUGGUUCCCUUUGUGAUUCUAGGUUGUUGUCAAGAAUACUGGAGAGAGAUUAUUCUUACAUAGCCAAGGUCUUGAAAGGGACAGAGGAGGUGGCCCUCCCUGCCCACCCACGGUACCUGGACACCUUUAACGACACCUCUGUCCACUGGUUUCCCUUGCAAAAACUGCAGGAACUCUCCCCCCAGCUCUGGGACUGUGUGGAGGAGCCAACGUACCAGGACUGUGAUGACUUGGAGAUCAUCAGGAAGGAGGAGGGAGGUGGGAGACACAGCCCCACUGCCACCCAGUGCUGACCCCUGCAGCGGGGGCACCGGGUGCUGAGCCUGGUGGGACAUUUUUGUAUUUUAUUAUUUAAUAAAAGGUGAAGCUGUG